AUGUCACCUUCAGACACCUCAACGUCACCUUCGGACACCUCAACCUCACUUUCGGACACCUCAGCACCACCUUCGGACGCCUCAACGUCACCUUCGGACGCCUCAAUGUCACUUUCGGACACCUCAACGUCACCUUUGGACACCUCAAGGUCACCUUCGGACACCUCAAUGUCACCUUUAGAAACCUCAGCCCUGCAGGAAAACCACGCCCAGUUCCGCGCUGGGGGUGCAGGUUGUAUCCCCGACGCCUCGUCCUCUAAGAGGGAUGCUCUAUUUUUUUAA